CGCUUCCGACGACUUCCGGCGGCUCCUCUCGCGGGGAUUGGCUGUUGGCGGCGUUGCGGCUAAGCUCGUGUAGCGGCGGCGGUGUCGGUAAAGGCUGCAGCAAAGAGAAUUUGGCGCGAUGUCUCACACCAUUUUGCUGGUACAGCCUACCAAGAGGCCAGAAGGCAGAACUUACGCUGACUAUGAAUCUGUGAAUGAGUGCAUGGAAGGUGAGUUUAACACUAAUCAAAAAUUACCUGUUGCCUUUCUGUUCCUCAGUUACCGAGCUGAUACCCAGACAUACCAGCCUUAUAACAAAGACUGGAUUAAAGAGAAGAUCUAUGUGCUCCUUCGUCGGCAGGCCCAACAGGCCGGGAAAUAAUUGAGUUGGAAACAUCAGGGGGGUGGGGGUGGGCUUGGAACACAGGUGUGUACAGCGUGCUGUAGUGAAAGUUUUGUAUUAUAGUAAUCCUGUUUCCAUUUUGUUACACUCUAGCCAAGAUUGAAUAUAUUAGAUAAAAUGUGAGGAUCUUGUUCAAUCUGAAACCCCCUUUGCCCCCCUUUUUUCCUUUUACCCUUUUUUUUUUAAUUAAACAUUUUUAUGAUGAUUUAGAUGGAAGUUGUUUGUCAGUUAAUGUUGGUUCCAAUCUUUCAAACUGUCCAUAUCUGCUUUAUAACAUUCACUGUACUAACCCUUCUUCAGGAUGGGGUGGGGGGUGGUAACACAGUUUAGUUAUGUCCUCAAGAUAAAGUCUUAGUGAAAAAUAAAUAAAUGUUCUUUAGUUAUAUUUUC